AUGUUGAACUCUUCACGACAGGUUGCAGAAGAAGCGUCUUGGAAACAUUUGACGGCGCUGUGGUCCGCAGAGAAUAAUGCAAAGAAAGAAAUUGACAAGGUGUGGACUGCGAUGAACGAAACAGGAAAACAACUUGACGAGAAACUAGUGAAAAUACGACACAACCUUACUGGGCAGGUAACUGAACCGUUGUAAAGUUACGACUCAUAACUUCCCUCUGCGUCGGCACGAGCAAUUUUUUUCAUAGGCGGAUCAAUGGCUAAAGUUAUAGUUUAUUAGGUAAAACUUGGCAAAUUUUGAUUCUGUACCAGUCCUUCUGCCAUAGUAAAGAGAAUGGCACUGAAUCAAACUUCGGCAACAAAAAGUAAUUUUGAUCAGGUGAUUUGUCGCGUGACCAAAAGGUAGAAGAAUACUUCAAGAUUUUCAUUCAGGGAAAAAAUUUUACUCCGCUGCUCUACAUCAGUUAAUAACGAACAUUCAGAUAAUCCAGCUGUGUAGUGUGCUUCAUCACAUGAAGCAGUAUAGGCUAUGAACUGGAUACGCAGAACUUAAAUUGAUCAUGAUAUGCACGGAAGAAUUGUCCAGCAAGAUACUUUAGGUAUAUAUGCAUGCUUUCCAAACUUCCCAAGUCCUUCAGUAUAUGCUCCCCGCAUGUAAAUGAUGACUUUUUAAAAAUGCAAGUGAACUUUGACAUACAGUGUAGCGAGUAAAAUGCCUUCCGCGAAAUUAUAAAUUUUUUUAUAAUAAGAUCUCCUCACUGCGCGCAGUAUCUCACUCGCGUACUAAGGAAAAACAAGGAUACAACCUGUGAUUAUUGCAUGAUAACUAGCUUGAGCGAAUACAGUAACACUUCGCUUGCUGUUCUCAGAUUAACAAGGUAGGCAAAAUAGCCGGACCUGUUGGACCUCCGGGAUUCAAUGGAAGUCAAGGACCCGCGGGACCCGCGGGACCUCCGGGGCCCAAAGGAGCUGGAAACUUAAGCACCUGUCAGUAUAUAGUAAAGACAGAAGCUGGUGGAGGAGAUCAAAUAGCCCAUGUGGACGAGCCCACUGUAAGUCACUACAAGUGUAAGGUGUAAUACUUGUUUUCUUACUUUGUCAGGCAGCCCCGUUCAAUUGCACCCCUGACUUAAAGAGGCUACAGUAUGUCACGACGAUAUUCCUCGUAUUUUAUACUAAUUCUGUGUUGAAGUCAUCACUUAGUACUUUGACAAAUUUUACCAGGGGGCUCUAACCAUGAUAUUUUAUUGUGAUUUUUGCAGGCGACAGGAAACAGGUUCAAUACCUAAAUAAAAUCUUAAAUAACAAAACUGGUUCAAGCUUGCACAAGGCUAAUGAGAUAAUUUGCAUGUUUCUUAUCCAGUUCGUGGAGGGAAGAUGAUUAUUGUUCUUAUUAAUUUUUAGUUAUUCUUUUUACAUUUAGUGAAAAAGUACAACUCCUUAUUUUUUUCUCCCUUAUAUUUUAAAAGUUGCCUUCACUAGAAAAAGAUGCGAGAGCGUCACACAGCUAAGGAGAAGCACAAAAAACUAACCCUCUAUAUUGUCUUGUUUCUCUUUCCAGGGCCAUAUUAUAAUAGCAGCAACCUGCUCUACAAACUACGCCGAAGAUGUUGAGUUUAGAUCCGCCAUUGUGGCCCAACAAAAAAGGCGAUAUAUAUGCGACUACAAGGGCGUCAAGAAUAGUAGGCAAAACCCUAAGAACUGCUCCCUCCACUACUGGAUAUGCUCAAAAACGUAA